AUGGUGAAGUUUUCUCUUGCUUCAUUACUUGCUUGCGCGGGCCUUGCAACAGCCCUGCCUUCAUCGGUACUUUCUUCAAGCGAACUUUCCGCUCCCGACGGCGUCAACAUCGAGAGUCGUUCAACGAAUGGAAAUGUUACCCUCAAGGGUGUUGCCCGAUUCGACAAUGACAACGUCUGGGACGGCCAGGGAAAUGGAACCGAUUCCUACAAGCUUUACCUUGGCAACGGAACAACCGCCGCGGGGUGGCCGUCUAUCGAUUCUUGGGUCUCGUUUGGGAAUAUGUUUGAGAAUUACAAACUCACACUGCAGUGGGCUUGCCAAAACCUCAACUGGCGUCUUCCCAACAAUAACGAUGACGAAAUCGAAGCAAUCUACAAUGGUAUCCAGCUGGCUGCCAAUGCUACAGGCGUCGAUCACCGAUUCAUCUUGGCUAUAGUCAUGCAAGAAUCGCACGGAUGCCCGCGAGUCAACACCACCAACCUGGGCGUUCGCAAUCCCGGCCUCAUGCAAAACCACAACGGAGAUGCCUCGUGCAACGACAACAAAAAGCUCACAACGCCUUGCCCGACAUCAACGAUCUACAAGAUGAUCAUGGAAGGUACAGCUGGCACGUCCUCUGGUGCUGGUCUGGCCCACUGUAUCAACGAAUCUGGCCGGGGCGAUGUUUCUGAUUACUACCGCGCUGCCCGCAUCUACAACUCUGGUUCCAUCUCGAAGACCGGUGACUUGCAGAGCAACAUUGCUACUCACUGCUACGUCAGCGACAUUGCCAACCGCCUCACUGGCUGGGUUUACGCAAAGUCAACAUGCACAUGCGAUACCGACCCCAAGAGCUGCAAGGUGUCGAAGAACUAG